ACCUGCUUUCCCGCUCCAAUCUUGAAAUGUGGGCCCAUGCGGUUACAUGCGGCCUUUGGGUCUUGGUGACCCUGAACCUGGGUCUUGUUCAAAGACAAAAGAUCUUAUGGGUGAACGAUAUGAGGAACAAGAUCGCCGAUGAAAGUGUGGAUCGAAUCUUCGAUGACAACAAAGGGACGGGCCUCGAAGAGGCAGAAUUGAUCAAGGUCGACAUCGGUGAGGAUCCCACUGAAUCCGUCACGAAUAUCUGCAACGCUCUAGAAGGCGAGGUGGGGGAAACAAUCUCGGCAAUUUACGACACAACCUAUGGUGGGAAAUCCACUGAAGCAUUGAAGUCCCUGGCCUUGUCCAUGGGGAUUCCGAUGCUUUCUUUCAACUUUCUCAAGUACGGCGAAUGGGGCGAGCUGAGUGACAAUCAAAUGAAAUACCUCAUUACCGUCAAUCCACCUGGACACACCUUGGUCAGGGCAAUCCGGAACAUUGCUGAGGAAGGUAAUGUGACUAAUGCUGCCAUUGUGUUUGACGAGACCUUCGACAUGUACAACCAAUACGGCACCCUUCUCUUGAACGUCCCCACUCGACAUCUCAUCCAACCUAUGAAGAAGACUAUGGACGAGAUGAAGAGGCAGUUGACAUUCUUUGACGAGAUCGAUUUGCAUAAUAUAUUCCUGGUGGGUUCAGCGGAAAACAUCAAGCUGUAUAUGGCCGCAGCCAACAGCAUGGACAUGUUCGGCAUCAAGUACUCCUGGUUCGCCGUCUCAAAGGAUCCCUACAUUGCCAAUUGCGAUUGCUCAGAGGUCACUUUGCUCUCCGUGAAUCCCGAGGUGUUGGAGAGUGAGAAAAGCCUUUCUUCUGCUUUGGACACCAGUACUCUCCCCCCCACGGAUGUUGGAUUUUACCAUGCCACCAUGAAGGCGCUCCUUCAAGCCGUAAGCGCCCUCACCACGGAGGGCAAACUUCCAGUUACUUUGGAACAAACCUGCGCCACUUUCUCCAAUGAGAAUCCCACGGACCGGGACAUUGACCUUAUGGGAGCCAUGAGUGCAGCCAUUAGUGCUGGAUCACCCUCCUCUCUCAUGAUCAUGGACGGGAAGCCUCAGUACAAUGUCAACGUCGUGCUUCGACGUCUUGAGAUGAAGAGUAAAAAGUUGGUCCUGGUAAGCGACAUUGGGAUGUCCUCACCGAAUGAGGUCAUCAAUUACAAAACUGGCAAAGCUCUGGGGAGCGUGGCUGCCACCACUGUUCUCCGUGUGGUGGUCGUGCAUCAACCGCCCUUUGUCGAGAGGGUGGGGGAUGGGGAAUUCAUCGGAUAUUGUAUUGAUCUCAUCAACGAACUCAAGCAGCUGAUGGGAUUCGAAUUUGAGCUGUACGAGGCACCCGAUGCCAAAUACGGCCGCAUGGACGAGGAAAUGAACUGGAACGGAAUGGUCAAGGAGCUCGUAGACAAAAAGGCUGAUGUGGCCCUGGGUGCUUUGUCCGUGAUGGCAGAAAGAGAGAACGUAAUCGACUUCACUGUCCCUUACUACGAUCUGGUGGGGAUCACGAUCCUGAUGAAAAAGCCAAAGGUACCCACCUCACUUUUCAAGUUCUUGAGCGUUUUGGAGGACAGCGUUUGGGGCUGCAUUCUUUUGGCUUACUUCGUGACUAGUCUGCUGAUGUGGCUCUUCGACAAGUUUAGCCCCUACAGCUACCAGAACAAUAUGGAAAAGUACGAGGACGACGAUGAGAAGCGAUAUUUCAACCUCAAGGAGUGCCUCUGGUUCUGCAUGACCUCUCUCACGCCCCAAGGAGGUGGAGAGGCGCCGAAAAAUUUGUCGGGCAGACUAGUGGCUGCAACCUGGUGGCUUUUUGGUUUCAUCAUCAUUGCCUCGUACACGGCCAAUUUAGCCGCUUUCCUCACUGUGUCCCGUUUGGAAACCCCCGUGGAAUCCUUGGAGGAUCUUUCCAAACAAUACAAAAUCAAAUAUUCGCCCAUGAAUGGUUCGGCAACCAUGACUUACUUUGAGCGCAUGGCGUACAUUGAAAACAAAUUCUAUGAGAUUUGGAAAGAUAUGUCCCUGAAUGACUCUCUCAGCGAGCUGGAGCGCUCAAAGUUGGCCGUAUGGGACUACCCGGUCAGCGACAAGUACACAAAAAUGUGGCAGAGCAUGCAGGAGGCCGGUCUACCUCAAUCCUUUGAUCAGGCUUUAGAAUGGGUGCGAGAUUCGCCCUCUUCCAGUGAGGGUUACGCAUUUCUCGGAGACGCCACAGACAUCCGAUACCAGGUGCUGACCAAUUGCGAUCUUCAAAUGGUGGGCGAGGAAUUCUCUCGUAAACCAUAUGCCUUGGCUGUCCAACAGGGAUCCCCGUUAAAAGAUCAGUUCAAUGACGCUAUUCUGAAGCUACUCAAUCAGCGGAAGCUGGAGACCCUUAAGGAGCGGUGGUGGAACCAGAACCCGAAAAAGAAGGUCUGCGACGACGAUGACGACUCUAGUGGGGGAAUCUCCAUCUACAACAUUGGUGGCGUUUUCAUCGUGAUUUUUGUGGGCAUUGGCCUGGCCAUCAUAACCUUGAUCUUCGAGUACUGGUACUACAAGAACAAGAAGCCCGUGUCUCCUACCGGAAGCCAAACAAAGAAACUAGAAGUCAAACAAGCCUUGAGGGACGUGAAUUUUGGCAAUAAGAGCGACUACGAGACGGAGUACAAAAAUUCCGGAGGCGGCAUAGCUCCCAUUGGCAAUCCCUGGUAGUUGUUCAGUGCAAUUUUAGGUCUGUACAGGGUACUGGCUUUCCAGCAAGAGAAUAAUACAAGGCAACAAAUUAAAUGUAGUCGCGAUGUACUUUACCUUACCAAUAUACCUUGCUAAAUAUGUAAGCCUCGAACUUUUGGCGAAUUGAGUGUUUUGAUGUUGGUUUCAGAUGAACGAAAAAUUGCGAAAAGUCAUUUGAUUGAAAUAUAUGAUUUUCUACUCAAA